CUCUCUCUCUCUCUCUCUCUCUCUGGAAUUCAUGAAGAAAAGCAUCUCCCUUUUAUUUUGAAAUUUACACUUCACGAGGGUUGACCUGUUUCUGUGGGGUAUUUCAAUUCAUCCAUCCGUAAAUCGAAUUUGAUGUUCGUCUCGAUCGAAGAUUAAUCAAAUUUUCACCUUUCUUGGGGAAUUUGUUUUUUCCUUUUUUUUUGGGGCUUCGAUGGAUUUGGAUAGCAUGGACUGUACUUCAACCAUGGAUGUCACAGAUGACGAAGAGAUUCACCAAGAUCGCCAUUCGUACGCAUCGGUUUCGAAACAUCAUAGUAGUAAUAACAGCAACGCGAAUGCUGCUUCUGGGCUUCUUCCCACCACCACCAGUGUUCAUGAGCUUCUCGAAUGCCCUGUCUGCACCAAUUCUAUGUACCCUCCUAUUCAUCAGUGUCACAAUGGACAUACUCUAUGUUCAACUUGUAAGAACAGAGUUCACAAUCGCUGCCCAACUUGUAGACAAGAGCUUGGUGAUAUCCGUUGUUUGGCACUGGAAAAAGUAGCGGAAUCUCUUGAACUACCAUGCAAGUACAUGUCACUUGGAUGUCCUGAGAUAUUCCCUUACUACAGUAAGCUCAAACACGAGACAAUAUGUAACUUUAGGCCUUACAACUGUCCGUAUGCUGGAUCCGAGUGUUCAGUUCUGGGAGAUAUCCCUUUCUUAGUUGCUCAUCUGAGGGAUGAUCACAAGGUGGAUAUGCAUUCUGGGUGUACUUUUAACCAUCGUUAUGUCAAGUCUAAUCCUCGUGAAGUCGAAAAUGCCACAUGGAUGUUAACUGUCUUUCACUGCUUUGGUCAAUACUUCUGUCUUCACUUUGAGGCUUUCCAGCUCGGAAUGGCUCCAGUGUACAUGGCGUUCUUGCGUUUCAUGGGUGACGAAACCGAAGCUCGGAACUACAAUUAUAGUUUAGAAGUGGGGGGUUAUGGUCGAAAGCUGACUUGGGAAGGAACACCAAGAAGCGUAAGAGACAGCCACAGGAAAGUUAGAGACAGUCAUGAUGGACUAAUUAUACAGAGAAACAUGGCUCUCUUCUUCUCAGGUGGAGACAGGAAAGAGCUGAAACUGCGAGUCACCGGAAGAAUCUGGAAAGAGCAGCAGCAAAGUGGUGAAGGUGGAGGAGCUUGUAUCCCGAGCUUGUCCUAAAAAUCAAAUCGAUUUUGUAAAACUUCGCCGACUUGGCUUUGUAUCUGUAGCCAUGUUUCUUGGAAUUUUCUGUAAUUAGGGCUUUCUCUGUAAUCGACGAUAAACUUGGGUUGUUCCUCUCUCUCUCUCUCAUGGUCAUGGAGGGUUUUUAUAGUUCAUUACUGUCUCAUGUAUCUGGAUCUGGAAAAAUGUAAAUGUCGAACCUUUUUUUCGCAACAUAGCUU